AUGGUUUUAGAAUUGAAUGCAUCUGAUGAUAGAGGUAUUGAUGUUGUUAGAAAUCAAAUUAAAAAUUUUGCAAGUACUAGACAAAUUUUUACUAGUUCAAAUGGAAAUCAAUUUAAAUUAAUUAUAUUAGAUGAAGCUGAUGCUAUGACAAAUGUUGCUCAAAAUUCAUUAAGAAGAAUUAUUGAAAAAUAUACUAAGAAUUGUCGAUUUUGUAUAUUAGCUAAUUAUAGUCACAAGUUAAAUCCUGCUUUGAUUUCAAGAUGUACAAGGUUUAGAUUUACUCCAAUUGAAGAGUCAUCAAUUAAAGAAAGAAUGAAUUAUGUUAUUAUUAAAGAAGGUGUUAAAAUUACUGAUGAUGCCUUGGAAUCAUUAUUAAAAUUAUCAAAAGGUGAUAUGAGAAGAGCUUUAAAUGUAUUACAAGCAUGUCAAGCAGCUAAAGAAUCUCAAGAUGAGAUUAUUAACAUUGAUAUGAUUUAUGAAUGUAUUGGAGCACCUCAUCCAAAUGAUGUUGAAACUUGUUUGGAUUCAAUAUUGAAGGAUGAUUGGACAACAGCAUAUUUAACCAUGAAUAAAUAUAAAAAUGUUAAAGGUUUAGCUUUAAUUGAUUUAAUUACUGGAUUUGUGGAAAUUUUAAAUAAUUAUCAAUUGAAUAUGAAGACUAGAGCAGAAAUUUUAAAAGGUUUAAGCGAUAUUGAAUAUGGUAUAAGUCGUGGUGGUAAUGAUAAGAUUCAAACUAGUGCAAUCAUUGGUGUAAUUAAAGAUGCUAUGGAAUUUCAAAAAUAG